GAAAUUUUUUUAAGAAGGGUAGCCCUCAUGAAUUUGGAGAGCUAUCCAAAUUGUUCAUGUUAGAAUCAAUAGUGCAAGAUUUGGAGUCCUAUCUGCCAUUGUUGUCCAAUACUUUUCCAUAUGUGAAUAAAAAUAAUUGAAUACUUGCCUUGUUUUAUGCAAGCAGCUAGCUAGCUUGUCAGCUAAGUUCAGAAUUGCAACUCCUCCCACCACGCGCCAAGAUGAGCUCGGAGAUUGCGUUGGAUUCAAGCUGCAGGAAGGUGAAGGUGUGCGUGGUCGGCGCCGGCGUGUCCGGGCUGGCUGCGGCGCGGGAGCUACGGCGUGAAGGGCACGACGUGGCGGUGCUCGAGCAGAGCGGCGGCGUCGGCGGGCAGUGGCGGUACGACGCGGCGACCGACGGCGCCGACCCGCUCGGCGUCGCCGGCGUGCACAGCAGCGUCUACGGUUCGCUCCGCCUCCUCGCCCCGAGGGAGCUGAUGGGCUUCUCCGACUUCCCGUUCCUCCCCACCGACGACGGCUCCGGCGACGCGCGGCGGUUCCCUGGCCACGGCGAGUUCCUCCGGUUCAUCAGGGACUUCUGCGACGCGUUCGGGCUCAUGGACGCCGUCAGGCUCAGUACGAAGGUCCUGUGCGUCGCCGCCGCGCCGUCGUCAUCGCCGCGGGACGGAUGGCGGCCGUGGACGGUGAGAAGCAAGCACGGCGAGGUGGAGGCAGAGGAGGUGUUCGACGCGGUGGUGGUCGCCGUCGGCCACCACUCCCAGCCGAGGCUCCCAGUCAUCAACGGGAUGGCCAGAUGGAGGAGGAAGCAGCUUCACAGCCACUCGUACCGCAUCCCAGACUCCUUCCACGGUGAGGUGGUGGUGAUCGUCGGGUGCAGCAUCAGCGGCAAGGACAUCGCGCUGGAGCUCCGGCGCGUGGCCAAGGAGGUGCACCUCAGCGCCAAGUCUCCGGAGGAGGCCAUGGCGUCGCCGGCAAUGUCCAAGAUGCUUGCCAGGCACGACAACCUCCACCUGCGCCCGCAGAUCACGCGGCUGUGCGAGGAUGGCACGGUGGUGUUCGCCGACGGCUCGCGCGUCGUCGCGGACGCCGUCGUCUACUGCACCGGGUACUCCUACACCUACCCGUUCCUCGACACGGGCGGGGAGGUCACCGUCGACGACAACUGCGUCGGCCCGCUGUUCGAGCACGUGUUCCCCUCGUCUCUGGCGCCGUCGCUCUCGUUUGUGGGGAUCCCGGCCAUGGUGCCGGUGCCACUGUUCUACGAGGCGCAGGCGAGGUGGGUGGCGCAGGUGCUGUCCGGGAGACGGGCACUGCCGUCGUCGUCGGAGAUGCUCCACGCCGCCGAGGAGUACGUCCGAGGGAGGGAGGCCGCCGGAGUGGCGAAGCGGCACACGCACCACAUCUUCGACCUGGACUACGGCGACGACUUCGGCGAGCGCACCUGCGGCUUCCCGCAGAUGGAGGCGUGGAAGAAGGAGCUCAUGUGGUCGUCCAUCCUCGCCAUGCUCGACGACUUCGAGACCUACCGCGACGACAUGCGGGACACGGACCUCGUCACCGACGGCCUUCGCCGGAACGGCUGGAUCCCCAUGGCGGCCCAGCCACCGCAGCAGGAGGACGUCGGCAACCGCGAAGGCGUAGGCGUACAGGCCAUGGACGCUUGACUGGGAAGCGGUUUUUUAGCACACAGGCGGAUGUCCGUCCAUCCGUUGUUUGACAUCUAAAUAGUUAUAAAAAAUAUGAAAAAAUUUGAUGAGUUAUAUCACUUCAUAAAUAUACAUGU